AAGCAAAAUGGUUUGCGAAUGUCGUUGCAUGUUGAUUUUAAAGCCUCGGCACAUUAAGUUCUAAAGAACUAGAGAAUAAAAAGCUCUUUAUUGAACUGUAUAAAAUGUUAUAAGUUUCUCUAAUUGGUAUUAAGCUGUAAAACCAUUUUUGAUUCAUAUUGGAACCUUUUUUUAGAAGUAUAAGCAGUGAUUUUUCUAGAGGCGUUGAGCGCAGCCUCAUAAACAUGCAAAACUAUGGAAUAUUUCAGUGUCAUAUAUAACUAACUUGAUGAGCAUUAGUUAUGUUGUGAACCUCUUGCCCCGAAGCCUAUAAAUGAAGCGGUACUGUUUUGUGGCCUCUUCAGAAACCACCUUGACCAUUACGCGGCCAGCUGGGUUGCUUAGGAGGUGAGGAGACAGACCCACACUCUUGAUUUCACUGAGGUUAUGGUCAUAAUCUCUUGGGACGGUGGUCAGCCAAAGCUGUUUACUUUUUCACCCAGGUUCACCCAUAUUUUGGGAGGGGAGGGUCUCUCUUGGUCACACGGCGAGCUAACUUUCCUCCGAGCCUUCGCAUAGAAUUUCCAUAAGAAGCAAAGGACCAUUGUUAGGCGUUUAACAUAACGCAGCAUAUUUUUUGGUCUUGGUAGAAGUAUCAGUUGUAUGUUUUAAUGGCUUUCAGGAAAUAAUUCAGCAAAAAGAAGGUUUUCCAGCAUUCACUUCAUACAUGAAAAGGACCCAGUGUGUGGACGAGACCUUAAUAGUGGUAGUAAACACAGAGAAGACAGAACAAUUUAUCAAAAGCUCAAGUCAAAGAGCUCUGGGUGGUUAUUCCAAAGCAAAUGCUCCCCCUCCUGGCUAAAACUGAGGUCUCCAUGUGUGUUGUCUCUCUGAAACCAGCGUACCACCCUCUUUCCAAUGAAGGUGUCUGCCUGUGCGUUUCUUGGAGAGUGUGUGUGUGUCAGUCUGUAUACACUUUGGCAGUCAUGGGCAGCAGACACACACAGACAAGUGUGCAGUGCACACUAAUUUCCUCUGCUGUAACGCCUGCUGCCCAUACCAGUUUGCAGUGAGCAGCAGAGACUUACACGUCCCACCGGUGCAAUAAAUCUAAAGCCCAUCGCUCUGGUCCUCUCCCUGCUAUUCCUUCAAAAGUUCUGGAAAAGGACAUAAAACGAGACCUUUCUGAGUUUGUCUUCUGGACUAGUGGACUUUGGACAUAUUGAUAUGCCUGCUAUAGGCAGCAGCUGAUGAUCUAGACUCAAUCACAUGUUGGGGUUCGACAGGCGUAACAUGUUCAGCAGGGUGGCAGAGAUAUGCAGCAAUAACUGCGACUGAACAGUGGAUUACAUGUUAAGUGUGUCCUGUGUCCAGUUGUCCAGCAGUAUGUUGAGGCAUUGGGGUUUUGCUGUGUUUCUGUUGACCGUCCCCAUACCGGUCCAGUCCAGACCCACUAACACUCUCGGCAACAGACAGAGACGUUCAGUAAGUCACGCUCAGAUGAUGCACGACCGCGGUCGAUCCCUGCAGGACAGAAAGAGGCGUUUGUGGUUACAGGAAAUCCUAGGGCAGGUGCACACGGCACAGGUGUGGGACUCACCUAAUCAGAGCGAAGGAAGUGUCCAGACCCUCCCCUGGUCUGUUGCACACCGUCACAAACACACCAGCAGCACCAAAAACUUUCCUAUGGGCUUUCAGUUGGAGAGUCUAGGGACGAGAGACGACCUUCCCCAGGAGACCAGCAAGACCCUGAGAUAUGAGGAACAGCCCUUAAAAACUGUGACGAAGCGGAAAAGGAAGAUAUGUUUGGUCAGAUGGAGAGAUCCAGACAGGAGGAGAGACUGGGGUUGUGGCUUCCAAAUAUAAAUACCAAUGAGAGCUCAAUAAAAUAGCCACACAAUCCAUUGAUUUCAAUGGGGAAGGUGCAUUGCAGGACAUAGUGCAAGGGUUCGCGAAAGUGACGAUCCAUCAUGCAACCAUAUUCUUGACCAGUGUUCAGUGAAUCCAUUGACCCAGGGCCGUUUCUAGGCAUAGGCGAACUAGGCGGUCGCCUAGGGCGCCACCUACUGGGAGGGCGCCAAAGAGGAGGCCUCUGCCAUUUCAAAAGCUUUUUCCACACCUUACGCAAUCCUAUUUGUCAAAUGCUCUGUCAGAGAUUUCUAUAGUGUGUAAGCGCCCUAAAGGAGCAUUCACACUGACAUUUGAAGUCUCAAAGUUGCCGGGAAUCAUUUAUUUUAAACGAGAGUUGAUAAAUUGAGGGGAGUUGAGUGACACAGAGCGCAGCUUUUUGCAAAUGUAGCGACUACCAAUGGUAGUACGGAAGCCCUGAAUCACACUGUGAAAAAAAAAUUCACUAAGUGAAAAUUAAUUUUUUAGGUGUCUUAGUGCCUUCCUGAGCUUAUGUGCUACAAAUAUUUUUUCUUUCUCUCUCAAAAUGUUUUUUUUUCUUAAAAAGAGGCAUUGAAACGAGCAAAGACAUCUAGUGCAUGUUUACAUGGGACAACAAUUUUAAAAAGCACAUUAUCAAUAGCAGCAUCGAUAUGAGUGUCAUCAAACUACUAGAAAUAACUCCCGUUGUUACACGUGACAACGAAUGCCAUAUGAAACAUAUGUAACCUGAGGUAUAUUCAUUUAACUGUGGGAUUUCAUGUAUUAGUAGACUCUCAAACAUUAUAGAUGUUUCUUUACUUGAUUGCAAAACAGGGGGCCUGGGUAGCUCAGUGGUUAAAGAUGCUGGCUACCACCCCUGGAGUUCGUUAGUUCGAAUCCCAGGGCGUGCUGAGUGACUCCAGCCAGGUCUCCUAAGCAACCAAAUUGCCCCAGUUGCUAGGGAGGGUAGAGUCACAUGGGGUAACCUCCUCGUGGUCACUAUAAUGUGGUUCGCUCUUGGUGGGGCGCGUGGUGAGUUGAGCGCGGAUGCCGCGGUGGAUGGCAUGAAGCCUCCACACGCGCUAUGUCUCCGUGGCAACGCGCUCAACAAGCCACGUGAUAAGAUGUGUGGGCUGAUGGUCUCAGACGCGGAGGCAACUGGGAUACAUCCUCCGCCACCCGGAUUGAGGCGAAUCACUACACGACCACGAGGACUUAAAAGCGCACUGGGAAUUGGGCAUUCCAAAUCGGGUGAAAAAGAAAAAAAAAAAAAAAAAGACUGCAAACAUUCUUGUUUGAGUAUUAUACAACUAUAAAUCAACAGAUCAAGUACCUCAGCUGUCAUCUGUCACCUUGUAAGAUUUCAUGCAUACAUGCACCUGGUGGACGUGGUUGGUACUGCAUGCUAAUUGUUAGCUAGCAAGCAAAAGCACAAAAAAAAAAAAAAAAAAUUCUCAUGUGUUGUCUCUUGAGAUUUUUUUCUUCUUCUUUUUUUUAUUUUGAGGAAAAAAAUUGAGAGAAAAAAUUCUUUGAUAGAGAAUUUUUUUAAUAGAAAAAAAAAAAAAACUUUUUACAGAAAAAAAUAUUUGUAGGACAUAGGCUCAGGAAGGCAUAAUGACACCUAAAAAAAAAAGGUGGGGCUUCCAUACUAAGGAAAUGCAAACAGUGGAACUCAUUUGAUCCGCCACCUGAUACGGUUGGAUGCAACAGUCGGGUAUGAAUUAACGACUUGGCGAACUUCACCGUAUCCAUGUCUGUUUGUGAGCGCACUUUUAGAUUGUAAAGUUCAAAUAAAUGACCUGGUGUUAAAGAUUGUUACGCUUUAGUAUUGAAUAUGUGGGCUUUUUUAAAAACCUAGGUUUGUUGUGGGAAAAAAUGAAUAAAUAAUGGUUUAUUUUGUCUUCACUAUUUUUAAAAAUUCACUAAAUAUUUCUCAUGAUUUCAGAGCUUUAAAAAGUUUUCAAAACUUCAUAUAAUUUUUUUUUUUUUUUUACAUAUAUUACCGCACGUUCCCUUUUUCAUGUCAUGUAAUAUUUAAUUUAUUUGAUUGGAAUAUUUAUUCCCUGAAUGUAUC